GCAUUUAUUCAUAAAUAUUUUCGGUUUGUGUUGGAGAAGUACCAAAAAUGGGGGGACUCAUUUUUUGGUCCUCCCUAUUCCUUCUGGCUACGAGCCACAUAGAGGCUUGCUGCAGUGAGAAGGGAUUAUGUCUGCUUGAGACACUAAAAGAAUUGAAAGAAUGCAAGAAGGCAGCUUUGGCGUCGUUAUUCAAGCCGAAGAAGCUACUUUUAGAUCAAAUUUCAGAUGACUGUUUUGAUGCGCCGCCGACCAUUUUGUUGAUGCCGGCGAACGCGCCGCCACCACCAGCCUCACCGUUUCUCUUUGCUUCGGCCCCACCGCCGUGUUUACCUCCACCUCUUCUAUUGCCUCCACCGCCUCCGCCGUCAAUUGUUUUACCCGCGCCGCCCCCUUGUGCGGCUCUGCCACCACCUUUAUAUCUGCCGGCGCCGGCUCCUCCACCUCUUCUAUUGCCUCCCCCGCCUCCAUGUGCGCCUCCGCCAUUAGUCCUCCCUGCGCCGUGUCUUCCACCUCUAAUGCUGCCACCGCCGCCGCCCCCGUGCUUACUCCCACCGCCGGUACCACCGCCGCCGCAAGUUGUCUACGCGGCGCCCCCUCCCCCGCCGCCGCCGCAGCCGUUGUUGUUGCAGGCACCGCCACCUCCGCCUCCACAAUUCCUAAUGGCUUCACCACCGCCACCUCAACAGGUCUUGCUGCAAGCUCCUCGGCCGCCUCCACCGCAGAUAGUGUACCAGAAGCCUGCUGCGCCACCAGCUCCUUUACUGCUACAGGCACCGCCUCCUCAGUACGCGCUGCCGCCGGCUUGUCCGCCGCCACUCUUUCUCCCUGCUCCCGCGCCGCCGCCGAUGUACUUGUCAGCUCCACCGCCGCCACCGGCGUACUACCCCGCGCCGGCGCCGCCGUGCAGCUGCGCGCCGCCGCCGCAGCCCGUCCCCGUGAAGAGCUUCAUCGUGCCUCCGCCGAUUCCAUGCUCUCUCGAGCCCAAGCCGCUGCCGCCGUGCAAGUGCAAGUGCAAAUACUUUUAAUACUUUUUUAUAGUUUUAAUCAUAUUUAUUACAAUAAAUACAUUUUUCAUAAAUUUACAA